CCAGAGAGACAAGCUGCCCAGUCAUAACAGAAGAAAGCCACCAACUAAGUCGCAUCACACGACUGUACCACCAAGAAACGCACAAAGGAUCAGCGACACUCCGACAUCAGUGGACGUCUGCUUGAAAAGGAAGGAUACUGAGGAGAAGAAGAGAAUCAAUCUCAAAAACCAACAUUCUCUGAACGUCUCACUGAAUAAUUGACCUGAUGUUUAUUUAAUUUAUUCACUAAACUCUCAGGAAAUUCCUCAGACGAGACACAAGACAAGCCAAACAUCUGGAUUUUCUUCUGAAGUGUCUUCACUGAUCAUGGCAUCAACAGGUCUCCAGCUGCUAGGCCUGAUUUUGACCGUGUUGGGUUGGGUGUGCGGAGCGUUGGUGUGCGCCGCUCCGCUGUGGCGUGUGUCUGCCUUCGUGGGCGGAGAGCUGGUGAUCGCCCAGGUGUUGUGGGAGGGACUGUGGAUGAACUGCCUGUCGCAGACCACAGGCCAGAUCCAGUGUAAGACCUAUGACUCCACCCUGGCCCUGCCCUCAUCCAGCCAAGCUGCCCGGAGCCUCACCGUCCUCUCCCUGCUCCUCUGCCUUCUGGCCCUCAUGCUUGGGGUCGCAGGGGCCAAGGGCACUCACUGCAUGGGCGAUGCUAACCAGGCCUCCAAGGCUCGGCUGGCCAGGUUAGCAGGGGUGCUCUUCCUCGUGGCUGGCCUUGCCUACUUGAUACCCAUCUGUUGGACGGCCUACGCCAUCAUCAGGGACUUCUAUGACCCACACGUUGCAGCUCCCCUAAAGAGAGAGCUGGGACCGGCGUUGUACCUCGGCUGGGGGGCCAGUCUGUUGCUCCUGGUGGGGGGCUCGCUGCUGCACGUUGGGUCUUCUCCACCAGGAGGAAGGGUGCUGCCUGUUUUUGGAGGAGCGACAAAGGACAACCCACAUACUGGGGCAGCAGGAGAGGGGAAGCAACCGGAAAAAUCGUUUGUAUGAGAUCAUUUAUUGGACAUGCGAGUUAUGAUCAAACUCAGAGGUCUCAACCUCGUCAGGCAAACUUCUGGAAACUGCAACAACACAACAUGUAAGGGGAUUAUGAGCCUGUAUUGUGUUUUGUAUGUGUUAUCUGAUCCAACUGAGUUUGUUUAAGUUAUGUGUAUUUCAUUACACUUUUCACAUGAUUAACUUCAUAGCAACAGGUUUGUAAUAGAAUACACAUUCAUUAAAGGCUUUGUGUCAGUGUGGGAGUAGAACUGAAUUGUGGGAGGAUUGUAGAUAUUUAGAUAAUUACUAAUGUGUGCGACUUACAUUUCUUAAAUUCCACUCUGCCUCUGCUUGUGUUUGUGUGUGUGUGCGUGUGUGUGUGUGUGUGGGCGGUCUGUGUACAGAAGGCCAGUGUACAUAGUACAUCUGUGUGUGCUGGUGUUUUCUCUGAAAAUGCUUGUUUAUUUACUUGUUCUGCACUUUUUCGUAUUUACAGGCAAAUUUACUCUUAUAUUUCACCCCUUUCUUUUUCGUUUAUUCUUUUAUUCUUGUUUUUAUUUUUUGUUAUUUUGUGGUUUUCUGUGCCCUGUUUGAUAUGUGUUUAAACACUCCUACAGCCUAACUUUUACCACUUCUGUUUGACUGCCAUAUGAAAAAUAAAUGAUUCAUAUAUAUGAUAUAUACUGUAUAUAGAUAUGCUGUGUAUUUUUAAUCCAUCACAAUUUGCACUAGUAGUCAUUGCGUUAAUUUAGAAAGAAAGAGAGAGUUUUACUUUACUUUUUAAUAUUAUUAUAAUAUGAUGUUUCAUCCAGCUUUUUACAAUUAUUCCUUUAAUAAUAUUCACUAUGUGUGAUUUUGCGUUUUCCAUUUAGUUUUUUUGUUAGUGAUGUUUCUACUCAAUAAAUAUAUGUUUGUUUUCUCGUA